AUGCAGCAGCUCUCGGAGGCAGUAGCUUGCCUGGAAGCCCUCGGUUAUGUCCACGGGGACCUGAAUCCCCGAAACAUCAUGUUUACGGAAGACGACCAUCUCAGACUUGUCGACUUUGACCAUUCGAUCAAGCUCGGCGAAGACUUGGAAGUUGGAGACUACCCUUAUGUUCGUCCCAUAAGCCUGGCGGAAGACACGGCACAGUCCGGUGCCCGUACAUGUCCGGACAUGGACCUGGAAGAUCCCGUUAACCGGAUCAUCAGAGACUGCUGGACGGGGAGAUUUGAUUCUGUGGCCGCACUGGCAGCUUGCAUCCGCCAGCUGGAGUACUCGAGGGAUUUUGAGCAGAAGAAGAGCCUAUGCGAGCAGCACUAUAAGUUGAUAUGUGGCUAA